AUGGAGAAUGGAAACGUAUCAACUGUGACUCAAUUUAUCUUCACUGGGUUUCCCCAGCUCCAUGAUGGUGGCCUCCUGUAUUUCUUUCCCUUACUUUUUAUCUAUUCCUUUAUUGUUAUUGGAAAUCUAAUUAUUUUUUUUGCUAUAAGGAUGGAUCUACGUCUCCACAAUCCCAUGUAUAAUUUCAUCAGUCUUUUCUCAUUUCUUGAGAUGUGGUAUAGCACAACCACUAUCCCUAAGAUGCUCUCCAAUCUAAUCAACAGGGAAAAGACCAUCUCCUACAUUGGUUGCCUCUUGCAGAUGUACUUCUUCCAUUCACUUGGAAGCUCUGAAGGGGUCUUGCUGAUGGUCAUGGCCAUUGACAGAUAUAUCGCUAUCUGCAGCCCACUUCACUAUCCAAUAAUAAUGACCCCUCAGCUAUGUGUUCAGCUCUCUGCAGGCUCUUGCGUCUUUGGAUUCCUCAUUCUUCUACCUGAGAUUGUGUGGAUUUCAACUUUACCCUUCUGUGGUUCCAACCAAAUCCAUCAUAUCUUUUGUGACUUCACCCCCUUACUGAAUAUAGCCUGUAUGGAUGGCUCUGUGAGUUUUGUGCAAGAUGUAAUCCAUGCAAUUUCCCUUUUAACGACAACUCUGAUUAUUUCUCUUUCUUACAUUAGAAUUAUCAUAGUGAUUUUGAACAUCCCUUCGGUUGAAGGCCGCAAAAAGGCCUUUUCUACCUGUGCUGCCCACAUUGCUGUCUUCGUGCUGUUCUUUGGCAGUGUGGACCUCAUGUACCUUAGAUUUUCUGUUACAUAUACACCCUUCUGGGAAACUACCAUUGCUUUUACAUUUGCUGUACUUGCUCCCUUUUUCAAUCCCAUUGUAUAUAGCCUUAGAAAUAAGGAAAUGAAAGAGGCAAUUAAGAAGCUUCUUUGUUCUCUAAAAGUCACAUCUGAAAACCAUAUCUCCAACCUAAAACUUGGAAACUCUAUCAACCUCAUAUUAUAA